AAUGUCAGUAAUGACAACUGUCAUACGAACGAAAGAAAAUUUUGAAGAAAAUUAAAAUCGAUGUUUUUUCGAUGGGAACGAUAUCCUCUGAUAUUUUAUUUAAAUAUUUGCAAAUAUUAACUCCAGAUUUUAUAUUCAAUUAAAAAGUAUUAAUUUCUUUUAAAGACACCUUUUAAGUAUAUGUUUGUUUGUACAAUGUGAAGAUAAUAGUGCUCAAAGAGGGAGUGCUGUCAACUAUAUUGAUUUCCUUUAUUUCUGGAAGAACUCCUUGAAAUGAUGUCCAGAGAGCCGGCGGCCCGUCUGUAAAGACCACCACAUUUGCACAAAAAGCAUAGUUUGUCCAGCGUGUGUUAUAAUGCUCCUUCAUGAUGAAAACUAAAAGUUUUCUUCUGUUUUCGACGUCUGUGUUUGCUAUCAGUAUAUUUCUGAUAGUAUUCCACUCCCAGCCACCGCAGUCCAUACAGACAAUAGUUAUACAGACCCAUCAGCAUUUCAAGGAUUUCCAGGUAUCUAUAUCACCACAGGAGAACCUCCGGGAUGUGGAGGAGAACCACCUGGUGCAGGAGAAGCGCUACUUCAAGCUGCUGGGCUUGGAUGGGCAGGUGGAGCUGUGGCACAACACCACUGUGCCCGUGCUAGUCUCGUACGCCCGUGGCGACGACCAUGCUCUUGCGGUUAGCUUUGUGCGGGCUGCACAACAGCUACCUUUCACUGUACUGCUGUACAAUUUAGGAUUAAAACCUUAUUCCUUGGGUGUGGUAUCAAACUACUGCAACUCGUCAAAGUGUGCCAUCAUUGACUUCGAUCUGGGGGCUUUUCCUUCUCAUGUCAGCGACGAGAGCAUCCACGCCUUCAGACCACUCAUCAUACAGCAUGCUCUAAGCCGUGUGGGCGGCGUGGUGUUCUGCGAGAGCACGCAGCGCUGGCGCAGCAGCGGCCGCGAGCUGGCGGCGCUGUGGUCUCGCGUGACCGCGCGCGGCGCACUCGGCGUGCUGGCCUGGCCGCUGCGGCCCGCCGUCACCUCGCUCACGCACCCGCGCAUGUUCCACUACUUCCACGCCAACAUCGACGACUUCCUCUUCAUGCAGAUGGUGGACGUGACGCGGCUCAUCAUCGCCAACAAGCCCGCCACGGCCGACAUCAUGCGGCCCUGGAUACAGUGCGCGCUCACGCUCGACUGCAUCAUGCCCAUAGGCGCGCAGUCGGGCGGCUGCCGGUUCGACAAGAAGCCGCAGUACCGGUACUCGGGCUGCCACGAACAGGACGCCAGCGCGCUGAGCGUGGCGCUCGGGCUCCGCUCCGGCUUCGAGGAGGCGCGCUACGUCGCCCGCGGCCGCGACUGGCGCCGUCUCAGCCAACAGGAGGCGCUGGUGGAGCUGGCGGGGCUGCGGCGCAACAGCUCGGAGGCGGACGAGCCCAGCGCUGGCGGACGAUAACUUAUUUCGCCCUCAUGAGACCCACUAACAUUGGAAGUGAGUGAUCAGAGAGUACUCCCGAUUUGGAGUACUAUUUUCAGCAUCCUUUCCACGUCCGAUGACGGUACGCAUGAAGACAGUGGAGUAAACUACGAGCUUCACGUUUAUGGGUUUGUGACGUUGUCACCGUAAUAGAUAUGUCACUUUCGUAGAAUGUGUGUGGAAAGAUUUGGCUGAGCAUAUUUUGUUUCAGUAUGUAUUCGAUCUCAUUUAAUUUAUAGUAAUAAAUAAUCUGUGAUUGUGAUUCAAAGGAGACGACAUUUUGCGAAAGUGACCAAAUAGUACCACGAACGUGGCGUUAUAUGCGUCACAGUAAUUCGUGUCACGUUAUUAGUGAUAGAGUACCCGUUACGUAGUCGCGUCGCGUUGCAGGUAUCAUCAUUGUAGUGACACGAAUGUUAUGAUAUGCGGUAGUGUACUACAGUGUAGUCGUUUCUGAAUCUAAAACACUAUUGUGAAAUAUAUUUGAGACGCGUUGCGGAGUUCCGGAAGGGAUAUGAAGAGCAUCCGAGAUAAAACAAUCUUAAGCGAAUCUAUAUUGGUUGAUGAAAUGGAUUAACCUGUCAACCACCGCCAUCGGUGCAGUUGUAUAUUUAUGACAAAAUCUGUUAAUUGCAUUCAAGCAGCCAAUUAUUAUUAUUAAUUCAGUAAUAUAUAUAUGACACAGCAUGCGGCAAAUAUUAGGUUCAUGUAUAAAUAGGGGAGACGGUACACUUUCUCCUGUUUGUGGUUGAACUUAGUAUGUGGCCAGUCGUUGCCGGUUGAAAGGUUAAUCUUCAUAGUCACUCAAAUAACUAUUGUCGGUGAUCGUUCCAGAGUUGGGAAGGAGAGCCUCCUCAUUAUUUAUUAACUGUAGUUAAUAUAAAGUUAUAUAAUAUAGUUGUACUCGAGCACGGCUAUGUGUGGCGCCACUAGUGUGCUGAAUUUAUUGAAUUUAUUAAAGAUGUUUCAACUUAUAUGAAUCUCAGUCAAGCUUUCAGUGAACUGUUGCUAAUUGUGUAGCAUUCAAAUGUAUGAGCAGAAAAGCAAUAUUUGUACUUUAAUUUUAUUGUAGAACAAUUAAAUUAAAGAUUACGUAAUUUCAUACAAAAUUAAAGUCAUUUUACAAAGUGCAUUUUGAUGUUGAAGCAUAUGUUAGAAUAUUUUUUUUUUCAUUUUUAAAACUUUAUUGCACAAUUAGUACAAAGUGAUGGUUCUAGUCAACCAUUCGACGAAACAAUCUAGAUUUUUUAUGAUUGAUUGAUUAUUAUCUUAUGAAAUAUUUAAUCAAUCUAGAUUUUUAGUAUAUAUUAUCUUAUGAAAUAUUUAAUACGUAUAAUAUCUGCUCAUAUGUUGUAAUGCUGACGACUGAUGUGACUUCUCAUGUACAUUACGCAGAAAGUUGAAACGUCCAUAGGAGUUUGAAUGUAACUUGUUAGUUCCUUAGUCGAACGUACCUGGACUAUGUCAAUUCUCGCGAAUUUUGUUGACGGUGCUCUGUGCCCGGUGAUUAUUAUUAUUAAUUGUAUUAUUCGUAACUGCUUUUUAUUUGUAUAUUUCGAUUUUAGCCCAGUGCUUAGUCCGAGUGAAGAUUUUAUUUUUUUAUCGUUUUAUUGUUGUUUUAACGUACUCGCUGCGGAACGCUCAGGCGCUAUCGUUUGUACAGAUAUAUUUCUACACCUUAUACACGUUUUGUAGUUUCCGUUUUGAAAAAAUGUUGCCACAAAAUGCUUUUUGAUAUUUCUUAUUGCGGAAAAAAUAAACCGCUGGAUCGCUGCGUCUAUUUUAAACCUUUUUAAGGCCAUACACAAAAAAUAAGUUGAACUGUAUCACCGAGAUCAAGGUCAAUUUGUUCCAUUAUAUUCGACACCGCCACAGUCACUUAACAAUCUUCUCUAAAAAGGAUCUCAUACAUAUGAUAAACGUACAAUAUUACCUCACGCACACUCAGCAGCGAUGAGCGGCUCCGGUUGUGAAGCUAGUUGGGCGUCUACUUUCAGUUGGAGUACAAUGUGAUAAACUUAGUAUUUACGCUGUAUUUAGAAUAAAAAACGCGCGCAAUUACCUCUUUAAUUUUGCCGGGUGUUAUUAUAUCACAAUAAUGGGGGUUUUCAUGGCUCCCCCACCAGAUCGCGUUAGUGGAAUGUGAGGUCCAGUCGUCAGGUAUGACAACAACUCAUUUGAGUUUGACAACUGUCAUCUACAUAGCGUGUCUUUUGAAAACCCUCAUUAUCAUGUCUGUAUGUGUGUCCACUACAUGUUUAUGUUUGUCUAUAAAAUAGUACCUAGUGAUGAGGGAGGGAGGUACACAGAGAGUCCGUAAGGAUCCUAGGAUUCCAUCACCCGCGUGUAACUGUUAUCAUAAAUUUUGCCUACUUAUAUAGAUCACAACCUCAAAGACAGUAUUUCCCAGCUUUCGCGAAGCAUCGCUGUUUAAAUGUUUGCGCUUAUUACGAGGGAAUAGAAGACAUUAUAAAUAAUUACAUUGAAAUUAACAAUUAUGUAUCCAUACAUUCUUGGCUGUUGCGUUGCCAGCUAUACUAUCAUCGUGUCCAAGAAUUUAUUUUUCGCGACCUAAUUAGUAAUUUAUUGCCAACAUUAUAUAAUCUUUAUAUGUAUUUUUCUAAUUGCUUACAUAAAAACACAAAACACUUUAAUUUUGUUAUUUUUUGUUAAAGUAUUUUAUUUUUUAUUUUUGUAUACGCUUAUUCUAAACACCCCGUAGGACUUUUUUAUGCCUGUAUGCAUAAAUUAAAAAUAAAAUGACCAUAUGUCAAUAUCAAAUGACGGGUGUCAUAGAAUGCGGUGUUGCCUUUACAAAAGACCAAAUACCUUCUAAUUCUUUAUUCCUUCUACUAAUGUACAGUGAAUAUAUACUAACUACAACAGUUAAAUAGUCUGUUUAUCUAUAAUAUUUAGGUACUGUGUAUUCCAAUAUCGAUGUUGAAACAUGUAGUGGCGACAAGUGCGGACAUUGCCGUAAUGUCUUGUAUAUAAUAUGUUCGGCUGUAAUCCUGUUUUAAUUGCGAAUAAUUUAUAUACUUGAUCGUUUGGUUCUGAUGACUACAAACUAGCAAUAAUUUAAUAUUAAAUAAUUUAUGUAAACAUGCUUAUCAAUACAUUUAGUCGAUAGAAAAUUUAAUAGUUUUGAAGGGUUUGUUAUAUGGGAAUGUUGGGUCUCCGAAGGUCUCCAAAUUUUGAGCGCAAAAUACAUUUUUACAUGUAUUUACAAGAUUAUACAUAUUAAUCUCGUCCGCUGCGUAACGCAUGUUCAGUCUGUCUCAUUCUGUCAUUGUGAAUGGCUUGGUUCUGUCACACUGACAUAACGCAGGGGACACUGUUAUGCGUUGUGACAAGCAACGUGAUACGUGACAAAUGAUCUGGUUUAUGAUUAACUACUAGCAUCAAUAUGCAGUCUAGAUGAAAUGGCAUUCGGUCGCGUGCUGUGACAUGAGAGCAAGUUCGCGCCGAUUUGCAUUAUUGCAUAUUUGAAGACCAAAGGGGUACGAAAGUGAUGUUGAAAACACUGUAUUGAAAUGUAAGGAUCUCAUUUAACGCUAUUGUAAAUAAACCUAGCUAUCACAGUAACUGAAUGUUUCUAAGACGUUGCAAGAAGGGUAAAUUAUGUAUCUAGUAUAGCAAAUUGUUAUGUUCACAGUACAAGAUCCUCGCGACAGAGUGGGGAGGUUACGAUAAUCAUAUGUACAAAUUAGGUCAAUAUUUAUUUCAUCGUAUAUUAUGUGGUAAACGAAUUUACGUAUAUCAUUGGGUCGCUUCAUUCAGAGUGAUGAAUCUGGGUUGAUAUAGCGAAGUUGAAAUGACGCGCCUUGCUAAUGUAUUCAACAUACGUAAAUGUCGGUACUGGGAUGCGGUAUCUCAACGAGUUAUAUGUGAGAGACAUGCUCCUCUAUGCUGCUACGCCCACUUGGCCGACAUCGUUGCAAAUCGAUGUACUUUGCUGAUUUUUAUGCGAGUUUUUUUAUCAACGCGACGAAAACCCAGCAGUGUACUCGGAAUCGUCACGACCAUGGCAUACGUGCGAUAGAGGCUCUAAACAAUGAAGCGAUUUAAUAUAGUGUAUGGAUCACAUACUCGUUCAAAAGUAACUUGCCAUAUUAAAGAAAAAAUAGAUUUAAUUUUUGGUACUUUAUGUAUUGAGUUGUGAUAAAUAUACAAAGUUGAUUUUCUCCGUCGGGCAUUUGUAUUAAGUGCGGACCAAUCGUAGUGGUUUGAUUUAUAAAGAUUUUUAAAAUAUUAUACAUAUAAAUACUAGUGCCGCGGUGGUCCCGUGGGAAUUUCGGGAAUUAAAGUGUGUCAUUCCGGAUUUAUUAAUUUUUGCUUGAAAGGGUAACAAGCCAUCUUCAAAAAAUUUCGCACUUGUAAUAUUUAUUAGUGUUAUCUAUUGUUCACAUCUAUAUGCAGGGCUGUUCCAGUGGUACGGGAUUCUGUGUUACAAACACACAAUUUGGAAUAAUAUGAAAGUGUCACUGUUAUCUUUUCUUCAAACUUACUGGUGCUCACUAAAAAUAUGUUCACAGUGCCACGAUUGAAUGUCUGCUAGGCCUGUGCUUAUGACAGACGCCGACAUCUUAUUCCAAAUUCUGUGAAUGGACUGAAUAUGCUAGUGUACUCGCGGCCGCGACCGAUCAAUUUAGAUGUAACGACUUUAGGCUAAAUUGGAUAAUUGUAGUUCUGCUUCUACUGAAGGCUCGAUGGCUUCUACAUACGGGUACCUGCCGUUGUGUAUACCAACGGCAUGCAUGGCCAACCGCACGUGUCGACAGCACACAACUGCAGGACGGCAACAGGUAUAUAAUACUAUCUGCUGUCACUGACAUUUAUGUAUAACGGCAGGAAAUCGAAUGGUGCAAAUCACUUUGCCGUUUCACCGACUGUACGAUAUUGUCAAACUGCCCAUCAGAAAUAUAAGAGUGUUUUUGUGUGUUUUGGCCAAAGAGUUCGGGCUGCAGCGUUUGUUUCUAAAAUAAAGCUUCGAAAUUGAAAAAAAAUACGAAGGAGAACACUACGAUGGGGUUUGCAUGAGAUUUUGCGAUGUAAUCGUAUUGACAGCGUCAUGUUAGAAACAUUCGUUCUUUUCACGUACAGUAGAGGCGCUGUUCAUUUUACUCAUAUUAUUUGACGAUGGCGAUACGAGCAAAAACUCAUGCUUUGUACUUACUGCUACCCUUAUUAAAAAAAAAGUUAAAGCAUAUUUGAACCUAAAGUUUGUUUACACCAUUAGACUACAAUAUUUGAUAUUGUCAACACGAGACAAAACAGGAAAGUAUGCUUUAGCUUUAUAAUGAAUAACCGUCUCUAAAUUUGUUCUUACUUUUUUCGAAUCCCGUGUCUUUUGCCACAUUUCUCUAUAGUAUUAAUGUUACAGUCUGUCUAUAAUGAGUAGAAAACUUAUUUUUAACGAAGUACCUACAUUUUUUGCCAUUGCAAUACCAAAUAGAAGAAUGGUUAAGAUUGGUCGAUAAGUUCCCAGCCAAGAGGAGACAGCGCCCUCAGUUGUUUUUUAUUUUUUAUAGACAUAUUGUAUGUCCGCUCUUCACGUCAUGAUAUACAAAUAUGGAUAAUCCGACUAACGUGAAGAGGGUAUCACGAUGUGACGUCACUCCACCGCUACGUGAGAUUAGUUCUGCGCCUUAGACGGGCUACUCACCAUUUCUGCCGCAGGGCAAUCUAGGAUCUAAAGUAGAUGCAUGUAUUUAAUAGAAAAGGAAGGUCACCUUGUUUUCUUUUGUAUACCUGCACCUCUUUCCUUAAAUCGGAGCGUGUGUAGCCGGUCCCGGGAAGCGACAGUGAGUGCCGCACAUCGCGACUGUAUAUAGCCAAAGUACGCUCAAAGAACAACUUUGUUUGCCACACCAAAUUGGACGUUAUGUUUUAUUGUUACCGUUCAAUUUAGAUUGGUAUACAUUUUAUUAUGUUGUUACGCUUUAUGUAUUACGUAAGGUGCAUUUUGGAUUGAUGUCUUUGCCAUAAUAUGAUGUUCUUUUGAGAGUACGGUCUAGGUGCAGGAUACAGGACCUAGAAUGUAUGAAAUCCGUUUUAAUAUAUAAUUUUGAAACAAGGCAGCUUUUACAUACGCAUAUCUUUAAUGCAAAUAAAUUAUUAAUAAACGAUUAUAAUGAAGAA